AUGGCGGAGGAGGAGCGUGCGGUGGGGGAGGGCGAGGGGCUCCGAGGGGCAUGGCGGGAGGCUGAACAUCUGCUUCCUUUGGACGAGGUGGUCAGGAAGGAGGUGUGGGAGGGAAGCAUCCCGAUCAGAGUCGAAUUAGCACGUCAAGAUGUCUCCACGUUCGAGGCGCCGAUGCCGUUCUAUGUGCAGGCUCCAAGGAUGGGGUACUUCCCCCUCGUACUGGGACAAGCAAAAGCUUACUUCCAGAACUAUGUGCCAGCAGUAUGCUGCAACGACAGGGAGAUGUGGCUGGAGCACAAGGGGAACGCGCUCAAGUGGCAUCUACCGACAGGGGUGCUGUUUGACCUGCAUGCUCAUGGAGAGGACUUGCCCUGGCAUCUAACGCUGCAUUUCUCGGGGGUGGAGACGAAGGGCUUGUUGCCUUACGAGGGAGACGUGUCCUUGAGAAGACACUUCCGACAAACCUUGAAACAGGCAACGUCUUUGAGGUAUGGGAGUUGUAAACGAGUCAACAAUCUGUCAGUGGCGCAAAUGGAGCAACUGUGGAGCUCCUUGCAAGAGAACAAGUUCGAGAGCUUCACGUCUGUCAAUAGCGAGCUUCUCAAACUCUCAACUCCGGGGCCCUCGGGCCUCACGGAGAUCAAACGACUUCCGUUGCGGAUUUAUCUUCCUCAUUUGCCAUCGCCAAUCCAGCAGCCGUUCACUCCCUUCAAGGAUGAUGGUCAUCUGACAACCUUGCAUGAUGUUUUGCUACAGAUCCUUCCAGGUCUCUUCGAGACGACUCGCCUGUCGUUUGCCAAGACACAAGAAGAAGAGGGAGAGGAUGCUGGCGAUGAUCAGAGACCGACAGUCCUUGUGCAGGGGAUCUCGCCGCCGCUACAGACUCCUGUCCUCUGGCUCUGCCAGCAACUAGCAGGAGCUGAUACCUUCCUCUACAUCUGCGUUAUUCCCAAGUCCAAGGAUCAAGAGGUGUUUGCUAGUUAGUAGGGCAGUAGUGCGGAAGAUAGUGAAGGUUGAGACAAGUUUGAGAUUGUAAAGGGUGAAAGUAGAUUAGCAGGAGGACUUGAGGGGGUUGGAAGGCGACGCCGGAGACAGGAAGGAGAAGCGAGGAAGUCCCAGGUGACUUUUCGAAAGGGGAGGAGAAACCAGGAGCUUGGUGUAUACAGAAGGAAUGUAAGAAAGAAUUCAUUUCCAUC